AAUUGAAAGAAAGAAAGAAAAAAAGAUCAUCACGCGUCUCUCUCUCUCUCUCUCUCCAUUAUAUCUCUCUCUCUGUCUGUCUGUCCAAAAAUCCUCAGUGUCCGAAAACUAUCUGUCGUUGACAAAAACAUGACCGGAAACCUCAAUCUUCGACACCAAAUCUCCACCUUCUAAACCACACCUUUCAAACCGAUCUAAAAAAACCAAAACAAAACUUGAUUACUAUAACCAUGGAAGGUGAAAAAGUAAACGUGGUGAUUGAUUUGGUGAACGAGAUAGCGAACAUCUCAGACUUCAGACCUAUGGUGAAAAAGCAAUAUUGUAACUUAGCACGAAGGUUGAAGCUGUUGAUUCCUUUGUUUGAGGAAAUUAGAGAUAUGAAAGAUUCGAUUCCGAAUGAUACUUCAAAAGCGUUGGUUUUGUUUAAAGAUGCUCUUGAUUCAGCUAAGGAACUUCUCAGAUUUGGUUGUGAAGGAAGCAAGAUUUAUAUGGUCCUUGAGAGGGACCGGAUCAUGAAUAAUUUCUAUGAGGUGACAGCUCGGUUGGAACAAUCACUGGAUGGAAUUUCCUAUGAUAAACUUGACAUAUCAGAUGAAGUUAAAGAGCAGGUUGAACUGGUUCUUACUCAGUUCAGAAGAGCCAAAGGGAGAGUUGAUGAACCGGAUGCCAAGUUGUAUGAAGAUAUGUCAUUUCUUUACAACAAUAGCAGUGAUGCAGCUAUAGAUCCAGCUGUGCUAAGUCAAUUAGCAGACAAAUUGCAAUUGAUGGGAAUAGCCGAUCUUACACAAGAAUCACUCGCUUUGCAUGAGAUGGUGGCAGUAAGUGGUGGGGAUCCAGGGGCGCGCAUUGAGAAGAUGUCAAUGUUAUUGAAGAAGAUAAAGGAUCACGUGCAAAUAGAAAACCUAGUGAAGGAUGAUACCAAAACAGCAAAAGGCGUUUCUGCAGGAUUUUACGAACUAGGGGAAAAUGACGCGAAUCAUCAAGCCCCUGCUAUUCCCAGUGAUUUUAAAUGUCCGAUUUCCUUGGAAUUGAUGAUGGAUCCUGUCAUUGUUUCAACAGGACAGACUUAUGAGCGUUCUUGUAUUGAGAAGUGGUUGCAAGACGGGCAUGGGACGUGCCCAAAAACACAGCAGAGUCUUACCAGUACUGUUCUCACACCCAACUAUGUCUUACGAAGCCUGAUAGAACAAUGGUGUGAAGCCAAUGGCAUAGAGCCACCAAAACGACCCAGCACUUCUGAGCCGAGUAAAUCAGCAUCAGCCUGCACCCCAGCUGAGCGAAGUAAGAUUGAAAGUCUUAUCCAAAAGCUCACAUCCGGAGGUCCCGAAGACCAGAGAUCAGCUGCCGGAGAGAUCCGGCUUCUAGCAAAACGCAAUGCAGAUAACCGUGUAGCUAUUGCUGAAGCUGGUGCAAUCCCUCUCCUUGUUGGUCUCCUCUCCGUGCCAGACUCUCGAACUCAAGAGCAUGCUGUUACAGCACUUCUGAAUCUCUCAAUAUAUGAGAGUAACAAAGGAAGCAUUGUUUCUUCCGGAGCAGUUCCAGGCAUAGUUCAUGUGCUGAAAAGGGGAAGCAUGGAAGCUCGGGAAAACGCAGCAGCAACACUUUUCAGCCUUUCAGUUAUCGAUGAAAAUAAGGUUACAAUUGGUUCUUCAGGAGCGAUAUCGCCGCUGGUGACACUGCUGAGUGAGGGUACCCAAAGGGGUAAGAAAGAUGCUGCAACUGCACUCUUCAAUUUGUGCAUUUAUCAGGGAAACAAGGGAAAAGCAGUGAGGGCCGGUGUUAUUCCGACGCUGAUGCGAUUGCUGACAGAACCUAGCGGGGGAAUGGUGGAUGAAGCAUUGGCAAUUUUGGCAAUUUUGGCUAGUCAUCCUGAAGGGAAAGCUGCCAUUGGUGCUGCAGAGGCAGUGCCGGUUUUGGUAAAGUUUAUCGGGAAUGGAUCCCCAAGGAACAAAGAGAACGCAGCCGCGGUUUUAGUGCACCUUUGUUCUGGAGAUCGACAAUAUAUAGCACAGGCACAAGAGCUAGGGGUGAUGGCUCCAUUGUUGGAAUUGGCUCAAAAUGGCACGGACAGAGGCAAAAGAAAGGCAACACAAUUGAUAGAGCGUAUGAGCAGGAUCCGUGAGCAGGAGCAGCAUGAAGUUCCGACACAAACUGAACUUCAAGCUCAGAACGAUGAUAUCCAUCCACCUUUGAUCAUUAACCUCGAUAUUGACACCUAAAAGUUUUGUUUAUAUAUAUGUGUAUUUUGUUUCUUUAAAUGUGUUGAAAGAGGCAUCGGUUCGGAAGAAAAGGUGGAAGAUCACCUUCCUGCACCAAGUUAUUCGUUGUUUGUUUGUGUUAUAUACAAAGACAAAAUGCAAAAUGCCAUUUGAAAUGGGAACAGAUCGAAGAAAAUGAGAAUAGUGUGCCUGACGUGAAAAAUGUAUAAUUGUAACAUAACAUGUAAUGUACCUAUUCUAUCAUCUUCAAUAUUUAAUGAAGAGAUGUUUUGUCUAUUGGCAUGAUAUAUAUGUCAAUGUGUUUUCACA